CAAGAAGGAACAUUUUAAACUUCUCGUAGCGCUACAAUAUACAAAUAAACAAUAAUAACGUCCAAGCUGAAAACUAGAGUGGUGCACUUCCAACGCGCUGUAACUUUGACUCUCGAGCGAUUCACGAUAGUGCGGAAUUUGACCAGUCUGGCGCACUGUGAAAGUAUCGGAUGGAAAGUGUUUAGUAGUUUGUUAUCUAGUUAGCGGCGCACAAUUGUUGAACCGAUUGUGCACAACCAAAAGUGAAGUUCAAGUAGUGAUAGAAUCCGGAGCAAUCAAGGCCCGUCGACGGCCCUCAAGUGCCCCCCGCUGCGCCGCGUGAGUUGAUAAGAAAGUCACAGCAUCGCGACCGGAACCGCCGAUCACAGAAGCGUCGGCGUGUGAUCGUAUCAGCGGAUCGCGUGGGAUCGCAGCUCCGCAUAGGCCACAGACGCACACACCAAAGGCAACCCCACCGCGUGUGAAUCAUGGGGAAGUUAUUGAGCCUGCUGGCCCGGGAUGAAUCAACCUGCUGCACACCGAAGACCUACGACGUGUUUCUGGACUUUGAGAACGCCGCCCCGACGGACCUAGAGCGGGAAGUGUACGAAGAAGUGGACCACGUUCUUCGCCAGUCCGAGAUUGUGCUCGACGAGAUCCAGUGCUACAAGGGUGCCGGCAAAGAGAUACGGGAAGCGAUCGCGGACCCAUCGCCCGAGUGCCAGGAGAAGGCGUGGAACAUUGUGAUACCGCUGGUGGAGAAGCUGAAGCGCUGCUACGAGCACUCGCUGGAGCUGGAGCGGAUCGUCCCGAAGUUGCUGGGUCAGCUGGUCGGCGGUCGGCUGAAUCCGACGCAGCACCUCGAAACGCAGCAAGCCCUCGUGAAGCAGCUGGCCGAGAUCCUGGAGUUUGUCCUCAAGUUCGACGAGUACAAGAUGAAGACACCGGCAAUACAGAACGACUUUAGCUACUAUCGGCGCAUCGCCAGCCGGCAGCGGUUGGAUCAGACGAACGAAAUGGUCAUCAGCACCGAGCUGGCGAACCGGAUGUCCCUGUUCUACGCCCACGCCACCCCCAUGCUGAAGGUGCUGAGCGAAGCGACGUCCAAGUUCGUGCAAGACAACUCCGACAACGUGGACAACACGACGGAAACGCUCGGCACGAUGGCCAAGGUGUGCCUGCGGAUGCUCGAGAACCCUAAACUAUUGGCCCAAAUCGAACGCGAAGAGACACACCUGCUGCUGCUGCGGGUAAUGGUCGGGCUGGUGAUUCUGUACGAUCACGUGCACCCGGUCGGGGCGUUUGCGCGUGGCGCACACGUCGACGUGAAGGGCUGCGUCCGGUUGCUGCAGGCACAGCCGGCCGUCAAGGCGGAACCGCUGCUCAACGCGCUCCGGUACACGACCAAGCACCUGAACGAGGACAACACGCCGAAAAACAUUCGCAAUCUGCUCGCGGCCUAAGCGCGCGAGGGAAGCCUGCACUUGCAACGACGACUGCUGGGGACGACUCAGCACCACCCAACCGAACUAGCGCCACUACCAUCAUUAUUGCUACGAACCGCGUGCGACUACUAUUUAUACUAAUUCAGGAAGAACCACUGUUUGCUUUAAAUUCAAAACGCGAAACAAUCGGAGCUACUUACGCUACGCGCUGUUACUACUACUUUUCGUAUGUAUCUCUACGUUUUGCUUUACAAUCCAAAGUUCCGGCACAUAGUCUUAGUCUUCUUGUCUUCUUGGUAGAUCGCGCACCGGGUUGGAUCAACGAAAAGGUGGAACGGUUCGAACAGGCGGCACGAUGUGGUGUGUGCGGUACGGAAAACAAAGAUUUUUUUAGUAACUUAACAAACCAACGCAUAAACAUAUUAAAUAGGCAUUUAAGCGAAGCACACAGCCCUGCUAGUGGAGUCCGUGCGCGAGAAGAUGAGCGAGAGCGAGCACCUUUAUAAAUUGUAAAUGUAAAGUAUGUGUGAAGGAUCGCGCGAUCGUGAAUGAAAUGAUUAGAAUUGGAAGCUAGAAAAUAGAACCGUGUGUGAUAGCCGUGGAUCGGGAGGAGAACCGCAGGCGGAUGGAGGUGCAAAAGGCUGGCAUUGCUAUAGGAGCAUUAGGCGCAUUAUUAUUGCGAUGCUUGUUAUCUGACCUCGCUCGGGAGCACGGUAGGAGGAGGUCUCAUCGAAACUCAUACCGGUGACCGGGGACGAAUCGAACGCACGAAAGCCAAGCUCUAGAAACUGUUAACGAAACGCUGUGCUGCAGCAGACUAAUAAUUUACAAACGCGCCACGUCAAAAUAUCAAAUAGGGCCACUCGGGCGACGCUAGGCAGAUCAUCCAACGAAUCGCGCAAUGCCGUGCCGCGGGGCAGGCAGAGCGUUGACACUCCUUUCUCUCCAGAAUUCCAACCCAGACACACACACUGCUAGUACCACGGAUUCAGAUGUGUUCCUCUUAUCUUACAAACGGCCGCUAAGGCCAGACACGAAAUUUACUACAAAACGAGAACAGAGGCGCAACAGAGAGAGGGUCAAUUUUGAAUGCGAAUGCACGGAUAACGGCCACGGAUAGGCGCACUGUUUAUUGAGUUUCUCCGUUCGGAUUAUGUAGCCUUGUCUUGUAGCGUUGUUUUCGUCCCACCACUUUUGUUUUGUAGCUAAAUUUUUAAAUCGAAUUAAACCAGUACGACUACUAACCCGUCGCGACGCGCGCUCGGGUCUCGACGAUCACAAGUACAAUUUAGCUAAAUUUAUUCGCAAGGAAAGCGGGGAACUCAUCGAUGUUGCCGGCCACUCCGUUCCCCUUGUCUCCCUCUUCGUUCGCGCGGCGACAUCCGCGGCGAACCGCUUUUCUCUUUGCUCGCAUCGACCUGCGUCGAACGUUUAGGCGGAACGUGUGGUGGCGCGAAAGAUUAGUUAAAUGUUGACCCUAUUGUACGAAUCAACCGAUCGAAGGCACGCGAUUAUUCAGUUCAUUUCUCCGCAGGGAUCGCUUUUUGUGAGACGAAAAGGAUCAACCGGGAGCGGAGGAGGCUCGCGCUCGCGACCAGGGGAGAUCGGCCGCGUGGCGCGAGUGUUUGAGGAUAUAUAUAUAUAUAUGGAGAUACAUAAAGUGAAUUAUAUGUAUGCUAAAUAGUAGUUAUUGUGUACCGUGGAGCGGCAUUACCGAAUAAUCAGCACGGCACGGCGAGCAAGGAUCGAGUGAAAAGCAAGAGUGGAUUCGCGAGAGAGUUUUGGACGAAUGUUGCGGGGCGCGCGCGGAUGCGGUUCUGUUUUUAGGAUGAUACAGAAAUAAACCAAAAAU